GAGCAGGCAGCUAGUUAAAAACGAAAGAGAUGGAAGGAAUGUAAAACUAUACAAUCUGCAACUCCACAGGUGCCAGGAACUGCCGAUAACUGGUGUGCGGAUUUUAAAACUAACCCUUCACCACUCCAUACCCCUUACUUCACCAAGGCCCCUCCUUUGGGUGGGCGGGAUAUCCUUUCCCGAAACUUGUUUUUUUAUCUUAACUUCCUCGUCAUAAACCGUGUGGCGGACGGCUACCUCUGAGGCGAGUGACCCUGCUGGGAAAGCAAACGGCAAUGACUUUGCUUAGGAAACUCUCUCCCUGGCCGUGCCGAGCUCUCCUGGCUGGCCUCAGGCCGCUGUCGGUGGGCGCAGCAGCCCGUGCAGGAGCUCCUGUGCCCGGCGGGGCGAAGCGGUCCGGACCGGCUGCGGGACUCCUGGGGUCUCUGCGAAUCCAUGGUCGAGGGCUGCACUCGGAGCCGUCGAGCCCUGACUCGGUGGAGGUGCGAUUAAACCGGCUGGACGGAGAAGACACAGGGGUGGCGGAAGUCGUGAUGUGCCGGCAGCGAGCCCGCAACGCCCUGGGGAAGGUGUUUGUGAGCCAGAUGAGGGAGCUGGUGUCCGCGCUCCAUCACGACCCCGCGGUCAGAGUCGUGCUGUUCCGGAGCGCGGUGCAGGGGGUCUUCUGCGCAGGUGCUGAUUUGAAGGAACGCGCUCAGAUGAGUAACUCUGAAGCAGAGCUCUUUGUGCACGGACUACGUUCGAUGAUGACGGAGAUCGCCUCUUCUGCACAGAUGGGCCUGAUUGAGACCACCAGAGGGCUUCUGCCUGGAGCUGGGGGCAGCCAGCGUCUGCCACGAGUGGUGGGUGUCGCCGUGGCGAAGGAGCUCAUCUUCACUGGAAGGCGGUUGGGGGGGGCGCAGGCGCUGGAGCUGGGCCUAGUGAACCGGACCGUGGAGCAGAACCCGACCGGAGACGCGGCCUACGGGGCAGCCCUGGACCUGGCCCGAGAGAUACUGCCACAGGCUCCGGUUGCUGUACGAAUGGCAAAGGAGGCCAUGAGCAGAGGAUCUGAGGUGGACAUCUCCACUGGGAUGGCCAUCGAGGGAAUGUGCUACGCCAGGGUCAUUCCAACACGGGACAGGCAGGAGGGCAUGGCUGCCUUCAUUGAGAAGAGGCCUCCACGCUACACGGGGGAGUAACUACGGGCGGCGCUGGCACCGGCACCGGCCCCGGCCCAUUCAGGUCGAGUGUCCAGACCCCCCCUCCACCUGCCCCAGCGCUGUCGGGUCUUAAACUCCCCUUCGCAUCCCGUCCUGCGCAUGUCGUCUUGAGAUCCAGUCUCCUCCAUCCUGCUGUGGCUCAAGCGCUUACUAGAGUGUACUCUUUCCUGUCUAUCUGCGCCCACACUAUAACAAGCCGCUCAAGUCUGCUUCAGCGGUAGCUGUUCCAGUCUUCUGUCUGCUUCAGCUAAAGACGCGACUCGACCUCUUUUUUUGUAAACUUUUUUGGGAUAGAUUUUUACAUUUCUCUCCUCUUGCCCCCUUUUCUACGCAUGGGUGUUGAACUUCCAGUUGUCUGUCCUGAUUCGCUCCUACAGCCGAUCUGAAUGAGAACAAUAGUGUAGACUUGUGUGCUCAAGUGUCCUGCUUCCUUAAACACUACAGAGGGAAAGAACAGGGCUGUGACCAGAGGACUGGAUGACACUGUACCUGCUGCCUAUGCCUCAGCUGCAGCCCAGCUGUGCAUCACUACCACUGUGGUCCAAGCCCUCCUCCAGCCAGUAAGACCUACGCUGUGUGCUGAAGAGACACUGGAAUCUGUCCAGGUGAACAGACAGAUGUGUGGGGUCAAGCAAACUGCUGGGUGUGGAGGUUUAAUACCACCACGCUGGGGGCGCCGAUGAGAGGGGGACUAUGGUUGCAUAUCUAUGCAAUGAUUCAGUAAUUUGCAAUGCCCUGUCAGUAAUUGUAAUGAAAAUAAAAUGCUUCUACCGAC